GAUUGAUCCGAUCUUGUCUUCAUUCAUCGAUGUCUCCGAGCACAAGAAGUCUUCCAUUUGUGGGUGAAUUAUUUACCAACCGCCGAACCACCGGACUCCUCGGCCAUCAUCUCCACAACAACACAUGGGAACUCCUUACCCAAACCCCAUCUCUCCUACCCGAACCCGCGUGGGCUGGAUUGGCAUCGGCGUCAUGGGCGCCGCCAUGGCCACCCGUCUUCUCUCCACCGGCUACUCCGUCACCGUCUACGCUCGCACUCCUUCCAAAGCUCAACCACUACAGUCCCUCGGUGCCCAACUCGCCGAUUCCCCUUUUCAUCUUGCUCAGCUAUGCGACGUCGUCUUCACCAUGGUGGGACACCCACAAGAUGUGCGAUCAAAUGUCCUCCACCCAGAAACCGGCAUUCUAUCCGGCAUUAGUCCCAACUCCGUCACCGUCGACAUGACUAGCAGUCAUCCGGCCCUUGCGCGCGAGAUAUUCACUGCUGCGCGCGCCAAAAAUUGUUGGUCCGUCGAUGCGCCGGUGUCGGGUGGCGACAUUGGCGCUAGAGAAGGCAAACUCGCCAUUCUUGCGGGCGGUGAUGCUUCCGUUGUCGAGUGGUUGGCCCCGUUGUUUGACAUUUUGGGGAAGGCUACUUAUGUGGGGCCUGCCGGUUCUGGCCAGAGUUGCAAGAUUGCGAACCAGAUUGUAGUGGGAGGGAAUUUGCUAGGACUGAGUGAAGGGUUGGUGUUUGCGGAGCAGGCGGGGUUGGAUGUGCGGCAGUUUAUGGAGGCGGUGAGGGGCGGGGCCGCGGGGUCAAUGGUGAUGGAGUUGUUUGGGGAGAGGAUGAUUGGGAGGGACUUCAGGCCUGGUGGGUUUGCUGAGUAUAUGGUGAAGGAUUUGGGAAUGGGUGUGGAUGUUGUGGAGGAGAGUGAGGAUGAGAGAGUGGUGGUGUUACCUGGUGCUGCAUUGUGCAAGCAGUUAUAUUCCGGCAUGGUGGCGAAUGGAGACGGGAAGCUUGGAACUCAAGGUCUUAUCACUGCCAUAGAGAGGCUCAAUGGAAAGUGAGAUGAAAUGGUCACCUCAAUUUGAAAGGUUUGGGCCGAAAUCUUUUGAGUUUUACAGAUUGUCACAACAUCCCUGCUCUUUUCUUCUGUGUAUUUUCGUAGCCUUGAUCCAUGGUACGUACUAUCUACUUGUUUUCGUGAUUUAUCUACGGUAUCUUCAAAUGUUAGUUUUAGUUCCUAAAUCCUUGAGCUUGGAAAGUGAAGUUGAUGGAACUAAUAGAACCCCAAUUGUUCACUGUGAGGGGUGAAAUUUUUUGCCAAAUUACCAUUCCAACCGUACCAUAUCAAAGUUAUGCAAAAAAAAUUUGUACCAUUGGUAAUGAUACGGUAUUUGUAUUGUACCGUA